UCUCUCUCUCUCUCCUCCCUCCAUCUCGUCCUCGCUCUUCUUCCCUCCUCCACUCGGCGCUCCGUCUAGCCAGAGCCGGCCUAGCUUCCCCAAGGCCGAAGCCCGGAACCUUUGGAGCCUCACGGCGAAGACAUCUUGACGCGAGCCGGCCGAGGCAACCCCCCACCCGCCACCCUCCUCCCACCCCUUGCCGCGCUAACUUGGCCGGGCCAAUGCCGCGCUAAGCUAGCCGCCGUCUGCGCACUUCCUGCCGGCUUGGCUUUGUGCUGAGGAAAAGGGUUGGCGGCGGCGGCGGCGGCGGUGGUGGUGGUGGUGGUGGUGGUGGUCGGGGGGGAUGUAGAAGAGAAGGUGGGUCCCGUAGCCGCGUCUGCCCUGUGCCCGUCCGUCGAGCGGCCUCUUUGCUAGGCUCCCACCUCCUCCGCCCCUCACACAAGAUGUCGACCAGGACGCCUUUGCCCACGGUCAACGAGCGUGACACCGAGAACCAUUCAUCAGUGGACGGCUUCGCGGAGCCCCCAGUUCCUCCGGCGAAGUCGGCGAGUCGCCACAGCCUGCCGCGAUGCCGCAACUCUUUCACCUCCGCGGAGGAGCACCCCCAUAUUGGGAACUACCGCCUCCUCAAGACCAUCGGGAAGGGGAAUUUCGCCAAGGUCAAGUUGGCGCGACACGUCCUGACCGGCCGAGAGGUGGCGGUGAAGAUUAUCGAUAAAACCCAGCUGAAUCCCACGAGUCUACAAAAGCUCUUCAGAGAAGUGCGAAUAAUGAAGUUACUGAAUCAUCCAAAUAUUGUAAAAUUAUUUGAGGUGAUUGAAACGGAGAAGACGCUGUACUUGGUGAUGGAGUACGCCAGCGGCGGUGAGGUCUUUGACUACCUGGUGGCCCAUGGGAGGAUGAAGGAGAAGGAGGCCAGGGCCAAGUUCAGGCAGAUUGUGUCUGCUGUGCAGUAUUGCCACCAGAGGAGGAUAGUUCACAGGGAUCUCAAGGCCGAAAAUCUGCUCCUGGACGCGGACAUGAACAUCAAGAUUGCAGACUUCGGCUUCAGCAACGAGUUCACCGUGGGCAGCAAGCUGGACACCUUCUGCGGUUCCCCACCGUACGCCGCGCCGGAACUCUUCCAGGGAAAGAAGUACGAUGGACCCGAGGUGGACGUGUGGAGCCUCGGGGUCAUCCUCUACACACUGGUCAGCGGCUCCCUGCCUUUCGACGGACAAAACCUCAAGGAGCUGAGAGAGCGGGUCCUGCGGGGAAAGUAUCGCAUCCCCUUCUACAUGUCCACAGACUGUGAAAACCUGCUGAAGAAACUACUGGUGCUCAACCCGGUCAAACGUGGCAGUUUGGAGCAAAUCAUGAGAGACCACUGGAUGAAUGUGGGUCACGAGGAGGAGGAGCUCAAGCCGUACAUUGAGCCUGAGGCCGACUUCAGCGACUCGACCAGAAUAGAGCUCAUGGUGACCAUGGGCUUCCCUAAAGAUGAGAUUACAGAGUCCUUACAAAGCCAGAAGUACGAUGAUGUCAUGGCCACUUAUCUGCUGCUGGGAAGAAAAGCACCAGAGUUCGAGGGGAGCGAGCCCCUGACCAACAGCCUCCUGGCCCAGCGGCAGCGGCCCACCAGUGACAUCAACAACGGCUCCAGUAUUUCCCCCGCUCAUCCCAAAGUGGCGCGAAGCAUCUCGGCCAAUCAGAAGCAGCGCCGCUACAGCGAUCAUGUGGGUCCCUCUGUGCCACCGGCGGUGUCGUACACACGGCGCGGCCAGGCCCUGAGCGUGGAGAGCGACCACCGAGAGGAGUGGGACGGAGCCCGCCGACUGGAGCUCAACACUUCCAAGGGAGAUGUUCCCGCCUCACCACUGGGCGUGCAGGAGAGGAAGAAAACCACAAGUGGUGUCGGGACCAACGGAUCCAUGACCCGCAGGAACACGUACGUGUGCGAGCGAACUUCCACCGAGCGCUAUUCGGCCAUUCCUAACGGCAAAGACAGCAGUUUAACCGAGGUGUCGGGCAGCACCCCGUCGACAGCAGCGACCUCCACGCGGCCUCGUCACAUCAAGUCCAUGUCAUCUUCGGGACAUCCUUCAAAGAGCACACUGCCCCCCAUCGAUGACAACACCGAGCUGAAAUCCAGCUCCUCUCCAAGGGGUCCUUCCACCUCUCCCUCCGCACACAGUAUUAGCACCCCCGAGAAGAACCGCUUCCCGCGGGGGACUACCAGCCGGAGCACCUUCCAUGGCGCCCAGCUGCGAGACCGCCGCAGCGCCACCUACAACGGGCCGCCGGCCUCGCCCACGCUGUCCCAUGACACGGGCGCCCUGGCGCAGCAGCGACGGGGCACCUCCACCGGCAUCAUCAGCAAGAUCACCUCCAAGUUUGUCCGCAGGGUGCCCAGCGAGGGAGAGGCCAGCGCCAGGACAGAAACGCCCAGGAGCGCGUCGGGCGACUCCAAGGAGGACGGCGGGCGGGACUCCAAGCCCCGCUCGCUGCGCUUCACGUGGAGCAUGAAGACCACCUCGUCCAUGGAGCCCUCCGAGAUGAUGCGGGAGAUCCGUAAGGUCCUGGACGCCAACAGCUGCGACUACGAGCAGCGCGAGCGCUUCCUGCUCUUCUGCGUGCACGGCGACGCGCGCCAGGACAACUUGGUCCAGUGGGAGAUGGAGGUGUGCAAGCUGCCUCGGCUCUCCCUCAACGGCGUGCGCUUCAAGAGGAUAUCGGGCACCUCCAUCGCCUUUAAGAACAUCGCCUGCAAAAUCGCCAACGAGCUCAAACUGUGAUGCAAAACAAGUAAAAGAACAGCAGCAGCAGAAGCAGCAAGAAAAACCGCGGGCUCAUCUCAACACUGGAUUCAUGCACUGUACGUCCCCGCUGCGCAUUAUCAGGGUGGCCUCGGCUGGUAGCGUGCAAUACUGGCCACGAAUGUACUGCACAGAGGAAAUCGCUCCGUUCGACCCUCUGUGACGGAUCACGGCGACAUCCUUUUCCAUUUGUUCGAAACUGUCCGUCCAGGCCUGCGUGUGUCUCACUCUCUCUUUCAAAAGACACGUAACAUGCAGUACGCAGCUGAACACCCUGCAAUAAUUAUGUUUGAGUUUGUUUUCUAAAUGACUACUACCCAAUCUUGACGCCGAAUAACUAAAACUCGCCGCUUUCUCCCCCCCGCCCCACCUGUGUUCCAUGCAUAUGUAGAGCAGGCUGGAGAUCAUACUAAAAAAAAAAACUAUGUAAAAAGAAUUGUACUGUAUGCAUAACAUCUGCAGGUACUGUAUAUUGUUUUUUUUUUUUUUUUUUUUUUAGCUGUGUACAGAUUUUCUUUCACAGGAUUUUUUUUUGUUCCUAAUAUACUGUAAGUGAUGUCUCUUAGAGGAUUAUUAUCCUUUUUUUUUUGGUAUGUGAUUUAUUUUUUUUUUUUAAAGAAGCCACCCUUUGAGAAUAGUGUUUUUUUUUCCCCCAUUUUAUUUAAAGAGCACUAAAUUAUCUUGCGGAAUAUGAAAGGGAGAAAAUCCCUUGGCCUUUCUGUUCUAUUUUGUUUGCCUGUGGAAGACUUUAAAACAAAAAAAAAUGACAAAAUGAAAACACUAAGUUGCACCACGUAGUAGUAAAACUGAAAAAUGUGUUCACUUUAUUUUUUUUCUGAGCAGUAGGGUGUGAAGUCGGGGGUGGGUGGGGCCUGGGGCCCUGCUGCACUUUGCACAAGUUUUCUCAGUAUGACAGUUUGCACCCUGUUGUUUCUUCCCUUCCUCCAAUAAGAUUUGCUCAUCCUCAGUUCCACUCAAAGCGGGAUUUGAACCUGUUCGCCGACAAGCAUGAGAAGUCAAAGCAAAAAGAAGAAAACAUUCGUCUGGGCAACUUCGUUUGGUCCUGCAUCUCCACCAGUGUGAUACUCGUGUAUCUCCUUUUUGUUGUUUUUUUCUUCUUUUUUUUUUGUUCAUCCAGCAAAUUUUAUUGUAUUUAUUCCAUUACGUUGUAAUGUGCUGCUUUGUAGAAAUGAGGUGUGCACUUUGUUGGAGAAAAUAAAAAGGAUUUUAUUUGUUUGUA